AAUGCAUGACAUAUUUGAGAAGCGCAUUGAGGGAUUGUGAUCGAGCCAGAGAGUUCAUGAAUAAUUAAGCAUUCUAAUGGCAGAAGACAUCCAAAGGGUCUUAUCAUCUCUGUUUCCUGUUGGUCUUCUGUUCCUUCGUUGUGUAAUGCACAAACGCCUCUGAUUUCCUCUCUUGCCAGAGUUUGUUCUGAACUUACAGUCAGACUAACUGAAAAUAGAAUGCGAAUCCUUUCACGCAGGUUCAGUAAUUAUGAUGGCUUCAUAAUUAGAUAGAAAAUACUUCGUCUAUAACUUGUUUAGUUUGAGAAGUUUUUUUUUUUUUUUUUUUUUUUGUUAGAUGUAGUGGUAACUUACUUCAUAUUUCAUCUUAUUUUGUACGGUUCUGUCAGUAGAUUACAGAGUCAAAUUAUGAGGCUUAUUGUGGGCACAUUUGUUGGAGUAGUUCUUGGCUUCUUGAUAGGAGUUUCUUUCCCAACAUUAUCAAUGACAAAGGAUAAACAGACAGGCCUCUCAACUCAAACAGCUUUGAAUGAUUUGUCUGUGAAAAACAGCAACUCUGCUCAUAAUGCUUCUGAUACAUCAAAGAUCUGGGUCCCAUCGAAUCCUCGAGGUGCGGAAAGGCUGCCCCCAAGAAUUGUUAGAGCUGAAUCAGAUUUAUACUUACGAAGAUUGUGGGGCAACCCGAAACAGGACUACCUAAUGUCUGGAUCAUUACUUGGAAAUACCGCUGAUGACUUGAACAUCGUGCCAAAGUAUCUUGUCACAUUUACAGUUGGCUACGGUCAAAGAAAGAAUAUUGAUGCUGCAGUUAAGAAGUUUUCAGAGAACUUUACUGUUGUUCUAUUUCAUUAUGAUGGGCGAACAACUGAAUGGGAGGAGUUUGAGUGGUCAAAGAAGGCAAUACAUAUCAGUAUCCGUAAGCAAACUAAAUGGUGGUAUGCGAAGAGGUUUUUGCAUCCUGAUAUUGUGGCUCGAUAUGACUACAUUUUUAUUUGGGAUGAAGACCUGGGCGUUGAGCAUUUCAAUGCAGAAGAGUAUAUUAAACUAGUGAGGAAGCAUGGGUUAGAGAUUUCCCAGCCUGCUCUGGUUAACGAAGGGAUAAACUGGCCAAUGACAAAGAGAAUAAGUGAUCGUGAAGUUCACAAAGAAGCAGAGGAGGGACCAAGCUGGUGCACAGAUUCACAUAUUCCCCCUUGUGCAGAGUUUGUUGAGAUUAUGGCUCCAGUGUUUUCACGAGAUGCAUGGCGCUGCGUGUGGCAUAUGAUACAGAAUGACUUGGUACAUGGCUGGGGUCUUGAUUUUGCUCUAAGAAAAUGUGUUGAACCUGCCCAUGAGAUGAUAGGAGUUGUUGAUGCUCAAUGGAUUGUUCAUCAAUAUAUUCCCUCCCUUACGAACCAGGGAGAGUCAGAAAAUGGCAAGGCACAGGUGAUGUUGAGGUGCGAGAAAGAGUGGAAAAUGUUUCAAGAUCGAUUCGCAAACGCAGAAAAUGCAUAUUACCAGUCAAUGAGAAUUAAUCCUUCCAAUUCUUCAAAACCACAUUAGGGGCGUUUGGGAGACAUACGGACUUUGUGGGGAUACAUUCGGCAACCCAUCACAUGCUAACAUUAUCUUAAAAUAAAAAAAUUACCGUAAU